AUGGCCAUGUUCGGGGGUCUCGACAGCGGCUUCGCCCGCUUCAUGCAGAACGGCAUGGACCCACGCUUUCCUCGGCCGCCGCGCGCAUACGACGAAUACUUCAAAGCAUACAGCAUGGCCAUGCUUCCUGGCAAAGAACGUCUCAACGUCAGCUACGGAGGCAAGAUCAUCAUGCCACCAUCCGCACUUGCUCACCUCACAAAUCUCGAGAUCGAAUCACCCUGGUUCUUCGAGCUGCGCACCACAGGCGCGUCCGAAGUCCGUCGUACCCAUGCCGGUGUGCUCGAGUUCAUCGCCGACGAGGGUCACGUCCAUCUCCCCGCCUGGAUGAUGCGAACGCUAGGCCUGUCAGAAGGAGAUCCCAUUCGACUCACCGGCGCAACGCUCCCGAAAGGCAAGAUGGUCAAGAUUCAACCGCAGACCGUCGACUUUCUCGAGAUCAGCGACCCGAAGGCGGUGCUCGAGCAAGCCUUCCGCAACUUUUCGGCCUUGACACCAGGAGACAUCGUCGAGAUCAGCUACAACUGUCUCACUUUUGAAAUCCUCAUCAUGGAGAUCACGCCAAACGCCGAUGGCAUUUCCAUCAUUGAAACCGAUCUCGAGGUCGACUUUGCACCUCCCAAGGGCUACGUUGAGCCCACACCUCAACCACGUCCGCCACCCCCGACGAUGGCGUCCAAACUCAACAUUGAUAGCUCACGCGUCGAUUCCAUCCCACCUACACGCACGUCUACACCAGGUUCCAUGGCAGGGACAAGUGCUGCCGGAGGAUCGGGUGUGGCUACCCCUUCGGGUCCCUUCCGUGGCUCAGGUCAGACCUUGAGCGGCAAGAAGAGCAAAGGAAAGAAGGAGCGUCAGAUCGAACAACUCGAUUCCUUCAGCAUGGUACGACGCACCGACAUGCCACGCAUCAUCACCAACGACACCCAGCUCACAGAAAAGAAGAUCCCCGCUGCCCUCAAUCUGCCAUUCGGCAAACUCUUCUUUGGCUACGACGUCAUCCCCGUCGGUGGCAAACCGGAUCCUGCCGCCCACCAGGCACCAACGGAGACGUUCGGUGGUGCUGGUACCACUCUGUCCGGUCGUGCACCUCGACCAAAGCCUCAAGACAAGGAGAACGGUAAACCGGCGCCUACAGAACCACAGACGGCUUUCACUUUGGGCGGAGGGCGCGUGCUGGGCGAGAGUUCACGAAGCAGUCGGUACGCUACACCUGCAAGCUCUGAUGGCCGCAGUAUCAACGACAGCAAACGCGAUGUCAUCGAGAUUGACUCGGAUUGA